AUGGCGGCAAACGCUGGACCCGCCCCCCGGAAGCCCUCGCUGCGCACGCGUGUUCGGGCUGCUAGCGCUCCACUGCGCAUGCGCCCGCGCAUCCUCCAGGAGUUUGUUUGUUUGGGCGCGUUUCUUAUUGUGAACGAAAAAAGCCAGAACCUGCGGCGCCUGCAAGCGCAGCGAAACGAGCUGAACGCCAAAGUGCGCCUGCUGCGCGAGGAGCUGCAGCUGCUGCAGGAGCAGGGCUCCUACGUGGGCGAGGUGGUGAGAGCCAUGGACAAGAAGAAGGUCCUUGUCAAGGUGCACCCGGAAGGGAAGUUUGUGGUGGACGUUGACAAGAACAUCGACAUUAAUGAUGUGACACCGAACUGCCGCGUGGCCCUGCGCAAUGACAGCUACACCCUGCACAAGAUCCUGCCCAACAAAGUGGACCCUCUUGUGUCGCUCAUGAUGGUGGAGAAGGUCCCCGAUUCCACUUACGAGAUGAUCGGGGGUUUGGACAAGCAGAUAAAGGAGAUCAAGGAAGUGAUCGAGCUGCCCGUGAAACACCCCGAGCUCUUCGAGGCCCUGGGCAUUGCCCAGCCCAAGGUGGGUGCUGCCCAGAGAGGCGCCCGCAUGGUGCGGGAGCUCUUUGUGAUGGCCCGGGAACAUGCGCCCUCCAUCAUCUUCAUGGAUGAGAUCGACUCCAUCGGCUCGUCCCGCCUGGAGGGUGGCUCUGGCGGGGACAGCGAGGUGCAGCGCACGAUGCUGGAGCUCCUCAACCAGCUCGAUGGCUUCGAAGCCACCAAGAAUAUCAAGGUGAUCAUGGCCACAAACAGGAUCGAUAUCCUGGACUCGGCUCUGCUGCGCCCUGGCCGCAUCGACAGGAAGAUCGAGUUCCCCCCUCCCAACGAGGGUCAGUGGGCUGCCCGGGCAGCUCCUUCCCUCCGCAAGAUCGCGGAGCUGAUGCCGGGGGCGUCGGGCGCGGAGGUGAAGGGGGUGUGCACCGAGGCCGGCAUGUACGCGCUGCGGGAGCGGCGGGUGCACGUCACGCAGGAAGACUUCGAAAUGGCUGUUGCCAAGGUGAUGCAGAAGGACAGCGAGAAGAACAUGUCCAUCAAGAAGCUGUGGAAGUAACGGCCCGGCUGGGGCUGCCUCCCUUCCUGCUGUCUAAUAAAGCG